CAUCAGCUGACCAAGCCAUGUAUGCCCGAAGCUUCCUCUAGGCCCCGAUGGUUUGAGACUGAUGUGACUUACCAGCUGACAUAUAACCAUAGACAGUCGCUGUUUAAUAUAGGCAAAUAUCGAGCAUCGGUAGGGCUGCAUUACUGAUCUACUUGACCUUUAACCGGUUCAUCUAAAAUGGCGACUUUCACGGUUCCGAGCCUCUGGGCUUUGCUAAGCUUUUUUGCAUGCCAUGUUUAUAGUGCACCUUCUACCAAACAAGUUCGCCAAUCUACGGGAUGCACCGAGGAUUAUUUUAACGGGAUUAUCCCUUCCGGCAUCUCGAUUGAACGAGUAGAAAAAGUCACCACCGGGACUUUUGUGGAAAGCGGAGACAUAGGAUAUCCAUCAUUCGCUGGAGGCCUUCCGUCGUUGUGUGCGGUUAUAGUUAAGAACGAAACGGCAAAUUACCGUUUUGGGAUGUUCCUUCCGGAUGAUUGGAACUCAAGGUUUCUCGCUAUAGGAAGCUACUCAUUCCUUGGCGGGAUAAACUGGCUUGAUAUGGGCCCCGGAGCGAAGUACGGCAUGGCAAGUCUCUCAACUGAUACUGGCCAUAGUAGUGGCCAAGGAGACCUCACAUGGCCGACAACCCAAGAGCUCAAAGUCAAUUGGGCAUACCAAGCUUUGGAAGGAUCCAUUGUCCUGGGGAAGACCCUCAUCGAAUCUUAUUACAGCAAUAAACCUAUCGCAUAUUCGUAUUUCAGCGGUUGCUCAACAGGAGGGAGACAGGGUCUCAAACAGAUUCAGAGGGAUCCCGACAUGUUUGAUGGAGCCCUGAUUGGAGCACCGGCUUGGGAUACGAAGCAUUUAAUGCCCUGGAUCUCCAAGCUCGCGACCUGGAACCUUCCGGAGGAUGCUGCGGGGAGCAUCAACGACUCAAAUCUUUUCUCCAGGCUCCAAGCAGAAGUUGUUAAACAAUGCGACUCUCUUGAUGGCGUGCAAGAUAAUAUAGUCAGCUCUCUAUCAGCCUGUAGAGAACACUUUGACAUCUCGAAAAUCCGCUGCGACGUAACAUCAAACAAGACGUCCUGUUGGACCCAAGCUCAGAUAGACACGGCACAGAAAAUGUACACUGAUUAUACCACAGAGGAUGGAGAGUUCGUUUACAAAGGAAUGGAUUACAGCUCUGAAGCAGGCUGGGCCACUUACCUGUUGCCGGCUGAUGCCAAUGACUCUAGCAACGUAAGGAGAAACUUCGACGCGGAGUACGAGAGAACAUUCAUGAGUUACGGCUCUGGUUGGCAAAUUACUUCGUACAAUGACAGCGUUGUAAGCGACGCGAGGGUGCGUGACGAAAGCAUCCAGUGUACUGCUGAUCAGUAUGACCUUGGCAGUUUCAGAACAAAGGGGAAAAUUGUUAUGUAUGGUGGCCUCGCGGAUUCUGUUGUACCAGUCCAGCACACAAAUUUAUAUUAUGAUAGGACCGUCGACGCAAUGGGAAAUAUCGAUGACUUCUUCCGCUAUUUUCAGAUUCCCGGUAUGGGUCAUUGUUGGGGUACUCCCGACAACGUCAAAGCUCCAUGGAUGAUGGGCGGUGCCGGUCAAGCUGCUCAAAUGCCACCGUACAAUUCCGGCUUCUCGGUCCCUCUUGGCAACAACGACACCCAACACGACGCACUGUUGGCACUAAUGGAUUGGGUUGAGAAUGGCAACGCGGUGUCUCAAAUAAUCGCUUCCGAGUUCAAUUUUACGGACGCCACAUUGCAGAACAUCGUCAUGUACCGGCAGCGACCUAUUUGCCCAUAUCCUCAAACAGCCAUGUGGGAUGGGCAGGGAUCCCAGGACGACGCUUCUAGUUGGCAGUGCAAGUAAAGAUUUACAUGUUUCGCUUAAUUAUUAUGUUAAUAAGCAUGCUAUUUAGUUAAGAUAGGAUUAAAAGUUAUUAAUGGACAGGGUUAGGGUUGUUGGAGAAGGUAAUUGAGGGUUAGAUGGAUGGCAUAACGAUACUCACUCUUUUUCAUACGUACUAUUUCAGAAACAAAACUAUAGGUAUUUAAAUAAGUAUCCUAUCAUUAGCAAAUUGUAUGCUUACCUAUCUACGAGAUAGGUACGUAUGUAUGGGGGUUAAUGAACACGUUUAUAGAAAAUAUCUCGUGUAAUCCCCGUGUCGAUAUCAGGGGUUCCGAUUCCAUUUUACACA